AACGCUUCUUUCCUCCCCCUUUCUCCAAGUUCUCCCUCGUCUUGGGGUUCGGCCAGCUCUGCUCAUCAUCUAAGCCAGAAGAGGGCAAAAGUUAAAGGGCUUCCCCACAUUCGUGCCAUCAUCCGGGUUGAUGGCCAAAGACUCACGCAAAAGCCUGCUGGCCGAGCCAGUCACGGCCAUCUCGAGGCGCGAAUCCCGCGGCGGAGAGCCAGUCAAGUUGCCCGGAUCUGAGAACCCCUCAUCUCCCAGGGCUGUCCUUUUGGUCUUGGUCGUGCGUGUGCAAACAUGGGCGGACCGAAGUCAAUUGAACGGCACAAGGCAUCCCUCCCUAUCUGCGGACAAGCACUGCCUUUGGCCUUGUUUCAUUGGAUUGGCCAAGGCCAAGCUCUUACAGUCGUUGGAAGCCGCUCGCACAUGGCAGAUAGAGUUUCAUACUUGUCUUUCGCCUAGAAUUGCCACAGAGAUAGUGGCAUUCCUCGUAGAUGGUCAAUGUCUGGUUGGUUCUGCUGGCUCUAGAGCCAAUCACAGACAGCAUCAACAACGUUCCACAGCCAGUAGCAGUUAUGCAUGCAACCCUUCUGCGCAUUGUACAGUAACUACAUUCAUGCAGCGAGUUUCAUUUCGGCAAUAGAGACGGCUAUGAUACAAAUCCUCAAUGCUGCUUACUGAUUCCCUCCUGGUCUACAAACUCCGGUGCGGAGUAACCCGUAUGCUUGGAAAGCUAAGGUUCCGUGCUGUGUCAGCUUCUCCGCGUAGGAAGCGAGGCAUGGACAUGGCACGGCAUGGAAUGAUAUAGCAUAAACACGCGGCGGCGGACUGGGGGCGGGUUAAACGGUGAGCCCACGGUGUAUUCGGUGAAGGGAGCAUGG